GAGCUGAAGGAGGCGCUGCGAGGGGCCAUUAAAAUCCCAACUGUGUCCUGGUCUCCAGAGGAUUUGAACACAACUGCCAUGGCAGAAUUUGGGAGUUACAUUCAGAAAGCCUUCCCAGCUGUAUUUUCUUCAGAGUUCAUCCAACAUGAAAUAGUUGGGGAAUACAGCCACCUGUUCACAGUGCAGGGCUCUGCCCCUGGCCUGCUGCCCUACAUGCUGCUGGCACACAUGGAUGUGGUGCCUGCUCCCCCCCAGGGCUGGGAUUUCCCUCCUUUCUCAGCUGCAGAGCACGAAGGUUUCAUCUAUGGAAGAGGAACUCUGGAUAACAAAAACUCUGCCAUUGGCAUCCUUCAAGCUCUGGAAUUCCUGCUGAGGAGGAAUUACCGACCCCGCCGCUCCUUCUAUGUUGGCAUUGGCCACGAUGAGGAGGUGUCUGGUCUGAAGGGAGCAAAGAAAAUUGCAGCUCUGCUGGAAGCCCGAGGGGUGAAACUCUCCUUCCUGCUGGACGAGGGCAGUGCCGUGCUGGAUGGGAUCAUUGCAGGGGUGAAGAAGCCAGUGGCUAUGAUUGCUGUCACAGAAAAAGGUUCAAUGACACUGAACUUCACUGUGGAAAAAGAGCCAGGACAUUCAUCCUUUCCCCCUAAGGAGACAAGUAUUGGCAUUCUGGCAGCAGCCAUGUCCAGGCUGGAGCAGAAUCCCUUACGCAACCUGUUUGGCCACGGGCCAGAGCUCAUGACCAUGGAGCACCUCGCAGCAGAGUUCAAGUUUCCUCUCAACAUCAUCAUGAGCAAUUUGUGGCUGUUCUCACCUAUUGUCAGCAGAGUUAUGGCCUUGAAACCUUCCACCAAUGCCUUGAUCCGAACAACCACUGCAGUCACCCUGUUUAAUGCAGGAAUCAAGGUGAAUGUCAUUCCUUCCUCUGCCAGAGCCACGGUGAACCUGAGGAUCCACUCAGCUGAGACAGCUGCUGAGGUGCUGGAGGCAGUCAGGAGCACCAUUGCUGAUGACAGAGUGAAGAUUGAUGUGGUGGAGGCCUUUGACCCCCUGCCCAUCAGCCCUUGGGAUGAGCAGACAUUUGCAGUCCAUAUUUUUCAAAGAACCGUCCUGGACAUUUUCCCAGAUGUUGACAGUGUAGUCCCAGGCACGUGCAUUGGGAACACGGACAGCAGGCACUUCACCAACGUCACCAGGGCCAUUUACAGGUUCAACCCCGUGCUGCUGAGGCAGGAUGAUCUCCCCAGGAUCCAUGGGUUGAAUGAGAGAAUCUCCAUUGAAAAUUAUGAGAAACAGGUGGAGUUCCUGUUUCAGCUGAUCAAGAACUGUGACAUUGAGACCCUUCCAGAGCCCCACGCCAACUCCCACGAGCUCUGAGACUGCUGGGCAGAGCAGCUGCACUGGGCUCUGGGACAGAGGGGCUGAAGAUGCACUUGUGUCUUGUGUACUGAAUUUGGGUUUGUUUUUAUAUUGUGGUUUACAUAGAGAUGGGAGAAGUGCUGGCUGUGUGACAGGAACGUGGCAAAAUAACUCUGAUUUCUGCUCUCCGUGCUCUGAUGUGCAGCCAUUAAUCUGACACGAAUUUUUUCAGCACUUUAAGCCUCUGAAAUUGGUAAUCACUAAAAAUCUAAGAUUAUAU